ACUUCAAUAAUUCUUUCUAAUCAAGCUAUUUGAGUGGCUCAGAUGGUCCGGUGUAUCUUUUUUUAAUGUUACUUUUUUUCAGUGUGUCCGUCUGACAAUAGAUGCUGUCGUUAAUUAGAGUAUUUUCUAUACAGCCAUACUAAGAACUCCUCUGAUAAUUCAGACACUGCAAAAAAAUCUGCCAUGGUCAAGAAAAUUGGAACACAUAAUGGUACUUUCCAUUGUGACGAAGCUCUAGCCUGUUUUCUACUCAGAUUGCUUCCUGAAUAUGAAGAUUCCACUAUCAUCAGAACCCGUGAUUCUGAAAAGUUGGCUACUUGUGAUGUUGUAGUUGAUGUCGGUGGUGUGUACGAUCCUUCUACAUUCAGAUUUGAUCAUCAUCAACGAUCAUUUAAUGAAUCAAUGUCAAGCUUAAAUUCAAGCAAGAAGUGGACAACUAAACUGAGCAGUGCUGGUUUGGUCUACUACCAUUUUGGUGAACGUAUCAUCCAGAAUGUUUUGAAAUGUGGCAAAGAAGACAAUAAAAUUGUGACAACAAUUUUUGAUAAAGUUUACGAACGUUUCAUUGAAGAAAUAGAUGGGAUAGACAAUGGAAUCAAUCAGUGUGAAUGUACACCAAAAUACAUUAUUUCAACAAAUCUCUCCGGUCGAGUUUCACAUUUGAAUCCAUUGUGGAAUUGCAGCGACACUAAUGAAGAGGAUCAGUUUAAGAAAGCUAUGGAGCUAGUUGGCAGUGAAUUUCUUGAGCGAGUGACAUUUUAUAAGAAUUCUUGGAUUCCUGCAAGAAAAAUUGUCAAACAAGCAAUAGAAGAAAGAUACGAGAUUGACAAAAGUGGGGAGGUUCUCUUACUGAAGAAUGGUGGUUGUCCGUGGAAAGACCAUCUACUUUCAUUGGAACAAGAAAUGGAUAUAAGUCCAAAGAUAAAAUAUGUCCUCUUCACUGACCAAAAUGGCUGUUGGCGUAUUCUGUGUGUUCCUGUAGAAUUGGGAUCUUUCACUAAUCGACUCUCUCUCCCUGAAGAAUGGCGUGGAUUGCGAAAUGAGGAACUGAGUGAAAAAAGUGGCAUUAAAGGGUGUGUUUUUGUCCAUGCAGGAGGUUUCAUAGGUGGAAACAAAACAUACGAUGGAAUUAUUGAAAUGGCACAAGUUGCUCUUGCUCAGAAAAGAGACGAAUAAAUCUUCCUUUUUUAUCUUUA